ACGGGCCAUCUUUCUUGCACGAGCCACAGAAUAACUGGCCUCAGUUUUCCUCAAACUCGGAGCUCGAUUUACCCGAGCUAAAGGUUAACGUCGCGAUCACUAACGAUUCCCAAAAAACUGACUUUAUUGAUUUCGAUCGAUACUCGAAACUCAAACUUUUACAACGUGCGGUAGCUUAUAUGCUUAGGUUUGCGCAUAACUGCCGUGUUUCAUCUAAUAAAACUACCGGUGUGCUACAACCUGAGGAGCUCGAGGUUUCCUUUAAAAAAUUAGUCGCUUUGUCACAGCAGGCUAGUUUUCCUCACGAAUUGAAAUUGUUGCGUGACAAGCAACCUUUAGGCCCUAAAAACCCUAUUUUAUCGUUGAACCCAUUUUACGAUGAUGACGACAAGCUUCUCAGAGUUGGUGGACGUCUGUCCUCGUCGUUUUAUCCAUUUGACAAACGCCACCCAAUGCUCUUACAUGCCAAACAUAGUUUGACUAGAUUGUUGUUUCAACAGGAACAUAUCCGUCUCCUGCAUGCUCCUCCUCAGCUGCUUCUAGCCGCCAUUCGCGAGUCUAUAUGGGCCGUAUCGGGGCGCACACUUGCGCGCACCGUAUCGCAACAAUGCGUCACCUGUCGCCGCGCAGCUGGCAACACUUCUGCUCCUUUGAUGGGCGCUCUGCCUUCUCAGCGCGUAACGCCUGAUUUUCCCUUUAUUAGUGUCGGCGUAGACUUCGCAGGUCCGUUUAUGAUUACGGACAGGCAUGGCAGAGGUUGCAAAAUAACAAAGUGCUAUUUAGCUAUAUUUGUUUGUUUCCGGUACAAAUGUUUGCAUUUAGAGGCAGUAAGCACGCUGUCGACGGAUUCCUUCAUUCUUUCGCUGCGACGUUUUAUCUCUCGCAGAGGGCGACCUCGCGAGAUCUUCUGCGAUAAUGGACGUAAUUUUUUAGGAGCGGCCAAGGAAAUUAGCGAUUACCUUACUUCAAACUCAGACACGGUUUGCAAUUUUGCAGCAAAUGAGGGAAUACAAUUUAAAUUUCAACCGGCAUAUGCUCCUCACUUUGGUGGUUUGUGGGAAGCAGGAGUCAAAUCGGCAAAAUUUCACCUCAAUCGUAUAUUAGGUAACGCUCAUUUAACAUAUGAGGAAUUGACAACUCUCUUUAGUCAGGUGGAGUCCAUCCUGAAUAGUCGUCCCUUGUGUCCUUUGUCGUCCUCUCCAAACGAUUUCCAACCCUUAACCCCAGGUCACUUCAUCAUCGGCCGCGCGCUCACUUCGUUGCCGUCGCCCCACCUCGCGGAUAUAAACCCAAACCGUUUAGAUAGGUUUCAGAGGCUCGAGGCAUUAAGACAGCACUUCUGGCGGCGCUGGCAAAUGGAAUACGUCUGCGAGCUCCAGCAACGGACGAAAUGGCGUGUUCCAGGACGAGCUCUUCAACUGGGUGACCUGGUCCUAAUCAAGGAAGAGAAUACUCUUCCACUGCACUGGCGGCUUGGACGAGUCGCCAAAUUGUUUCCUGGCGCUGACGGGAUUUCGCGAGUAGCUGAAGUUGCUACUGUAACGGGCACCUAUAAACGAGGUGUGAAGUACCUCUGCCCUCUGCUGGACGAGACCCAUGAAGCCUUGAAGGCUGACGCCUCCAAGGGCCCCCAGGAUGUUUCGGCUCCUACCACCGAAGGGGAAGCGGGGACCGUACACCGCUAAACCUGUUGACCACUGCCGCGCCCCGCCGCCUCUA